AGCACCGGCAAAGAUGGCAUCGUUUUCUUCCUACUCCGAAGAUCUGACCUGUCCUGUCUGCCUGAGUAUCUUCAGUGAUCCGGUAAUCCUCUUCUGUGGACACUCUUUCUGCAGAGAAUGUAUCACUGUGUCUCUGAGCUCCGGGCAGCAAUGUCCACAGUGCAGGACAACUUUUAAAGAGACUCAUUUCACAACCAAUCACAUUCUGAAAAGUCUCGCUGAGAAAGCCAAAGAACCUGAGAAGCUAAAGAGGGACGGUGGAACUGACAAAGAGGUUCCCGCGUGGAUUUGUCCUGAGCAUGAAGAAAAGCUGAAGUUGUUCUGCGUCACAGAUCAGCAGAUGGCUUGUAUCAUAUGUAGAGACAGUGAGAAACACGAAGGACACAAGUUCAAACCUCUCAAAGAAGCUGCUGCGUCACUGAGGAAGGAGGUGGAGACGCUCAAGCAACAAGGUUCUGCUGAAAACCUUUCUGUAGAAAAACUGGCUCAGACACAGAAGGAGGAGAUACGAAAAACCGGACAGAAGUCUGAGGAGCUGAUGAAGCAAAUCAGCAGCCAGUUUGAGGAGAUGCACCAGUUCCUGAAGAAGAAGGAGUUAGAGAUCAAGAAAGAAUUGAAACAGAAGGAGAACAAGGAGGUUCAGAAGAUGACUGAAAGUUUAAAUGUCAUGGAAACGGUUUUGAAGGAAGGCAGAGAGUUGGAUGAAAAGAUGACAUCAGUUCUGAAGGUCACUGGGCCAGAGAUGUUCUUACACAGCUGGACUCAUGGGGGCAGUAGUUCUACCAAGGAUAGAUCUAAACCAAUAGCACCUCUCCAAGUGGUGAGAUCUUCUCUCUCUAUGGGCCAUUAUGAGAGUCACCUGCAGCUUUUCAUGUGGAAGGAGAUGCUGCAGGUGAUCAAGCCUCAAGCAGAGCAGAUGAAGCUGAAAAGCCAAGGUAAAGAUCUGACUUGCGGCAGCUACUACAACCGCAGCCAGAGCCAGUAUUGCUCUAACUGCCUCUGCAACUCCAGCAGCAAUAACCAGGCAACAAAUACUCAACCUGUAUCUGUAUUGAGUACCAAUCAGUUCACCUCGGGGGAGCAUUACUGGGAGAUUGAUGUUGGACAGAAGGGUUACUGGGAACUGGGGCUACAAAAAUAUUUCCUGAAAUAUGACGGUAGAACCUACAGCGUCUCUGAUCAGGGUCGCUGUAAGCAGAAACAACUUGGAGGCAGACCUGCAAAGAUCGGCGUGUACCUGAACUGCUCUUCCAAAGAGCUGUCCUUCUACAAUGCAGACAACAUGAAACAUAUUCACUCUUUAACCCUCAGUCACUCCGUGUCAGAAUCUGCAUAUGAAUCUGCAUAUCUGAACAUUGGAAAGUAUGAUGAUAAAGUCCCGGUGUCAAUGUGCUGGUACUCAAAAAGGGUCAAAUAA